AUGUACAUCCCUUGGACCCCCCCCCCCCUCUCUCACCUCUCGAUCGUUCCUCGUUCCCACCAUUCCCGAAACGCCCACACAGCGGCCAUUCUUAUCCCUGGCGAGAACGGCCGCCUCAGCUUCACCUCUCCGCCCGUCUCUUCUCCCAACGCUCUCUUUUUCUACACUUCCCUCACCCCCGCUCUUUCUCCCACCCGCCAGACCGUCGGGGUGAAAGAUCUUCCAGACGAGUCUCCCAUGCACAAGAUUUCCAACUUUACGGGCCAGGCCCGUCAUGGUUGGGAACGAAUGACGCCGACUUUUGGGAUGUCUCGACCUCACUCCGACAUGACAUUUCGUCGACCACACGGUGCGCCACCCAUGACACCACCGACGAGCAUCGAUCCGACCGUCAAUCUGUCCUUCAACGUUCCAUUCUCCUAUACGUUGGCUGGUCCCGACGUGGAGGAUGUUCUCCACGCGAGCCCAAAUGCCCUACAGCGGUGGACUUUUCCUGAAGGCAGCCCCGAGGGAACACCCAUCCACCAGCUUCCAGUUCACACGAGCAAUGUGGACGGCUUGCGGAGGUUAUGCCGCCAGAUCACUGAAACCAGUGGAGGCCGAAUCGAAGCCACUGUCACGUCUUCUGAACCCAAGGUCGUGCCCUCGCUACAACGGCGCCCAAACGGCAUGGUCACCAACGUCUGUGUGACCGGCGACGGAGAGAUAGUCCGGAAGAUGCGGGCCAAGAUCCUGAAUGAGACACCGAUCAUGCUGCGAUGCGCGACUGUUGACGUUGAUAUGCACCUGAUUGUGGAUGGCUCACCCAAAGGGAUUCGUGCAAGUGUACUGGAACACAUGGACACCUUGGCGGCCUACACCGGGACCGACAUCUUUUUGCUCACCCCCAGACUUCACGACGCGGAUAGCGCAGUGGUCUCUUCCUAUGGCUAUGCUUCAGAUAACGGACUUGAGCAGCGCUUCCGAGUCGCUAUCUAUGGUGACAUGGAGAGCUCAGAGCAUGCCAAGACGCGAAUCCUCAUCAUGAUUGAUCAAAUUCUGAAACGUCAUGUGGAUGCUAUCAAGCUAGAGUUGACCAUGCACACCCUCGUGUGUGGACGGACCCGCAAGAACAUCAAGCUGAUCGAAGCCGCUACCGGUACCGCAAUCUACUUCCCGCCGCCGUUCCCCCGUAUCUUUGGCUACACACCCCCCGGUGCAAGCCGUCGCAGCGAAGACGAAGUCUACAUCACAGGUGACACCUCGGAGCAAAUUGCUCGCGCCAAGCAGAAAUUGCGAGAGCUGGUUCUGGGAGUCAAAAUUUACGUCAAGGAUGUGGUUGUGAAUUCGAACAAGAUCGACAACAUUCUCCUCGACCGUCUGGAUAAAGUCCGCAAAGUGAUGGAAAUGAACGGCUCCUACGUCUUGUUCCCCCAACUUGGAAGUCAACGUGGCUUGGUGCGCAUCCAAGGAACCGAAGUGCUGCAUGUCGAGCGCACUGUGCGGGAGAUAAUGGCCCUGGCUGGUCAAUUUUACAGCGCCUCGUGGUGGAUUCUGAUGCCCGAUCCAGCACAAGGUGGCAUUCGAACCCCCGGCGCGGCGGACAUACGCUCCAUGCUUUCGGACAUCUGCACCAAUUCAGAAGCCGAGGUCAGCUUUGACAACCUGACUUUCACCAUCAAUGGCUCUGAUGAUGCAGUCAAGGCGGCCAUGACCGUGGUGAACCAAAUCCCAUUCGUGACACGCAGUCAAUAUCAGAUGCGAGUCAAGAUUGAGCUUGCAAACGAGCACAAGGAGUUCGUCAGUGGUAAGAAGAACGGCAAAAUCAACAAGAUCAUGGGUCAAAGUAACGUCCAGAUCAUCUUCGACGGCUUCAACGAGUACAAUUUCUACAUCGACGUCUGCGGUAACCAGUACGAGUCGACCAAGAAUGGUCUCGAUCUUGUCGAACAGGAGAUGCCGGCGUCAAUUUCCUUCCAUGUCCCUGAUCAAUACCACAAGCGAAUCAUCGGUAUCGGCGGGCAGCACAUCCAGCGCAUCAUGAAGAAGUAUUCCGUCUUCGUCAAGUUUUCCAAUGCCAUGGAUCGCGGCGGAAUGGGCAAGGAGGAUGACGAUAUCAAAGUCGAUAAUGUUAUCUGCCGAACUCCUGCGCGCAAUGCUCAGAGCCUGGACCUUGUGAAGCAAGAGAUCAUGGAUAUGGUAGAGAAAGUUGAUGCCGAGUACGUCUCUGAGCGGGUCGUCAUCAAUCGCCUCUACCAUCGGGAGCUUUUGGCUCGGAUCACUGAGAUCGACGAGUUGGAAAAGAAAUGGAAUUGCAAGAUUGAGUUUCCCAGUACUGAAUUGGCCAGUGAUGUGGUCACCAUUUCUGGCCCUGAGUAUCAGGUUCCUCAGGCGGUGGAUGCUCUGCUUGGCAUGGUUCCGGAAAGUCAUGAAUUGCAUUUCCAAAGCUCAUCCGAACUACAGAGCUACUUCAAGUCCCCCGAAUUUGUCGCCGACGUCCGAACCAAGCUCAAAGAGCAAUACGAAGUCGAUAUCAAUGUCGACACGGCUGCCGAUAUGCCCACGACCGAGGAGGGCUCCUCUUCCACCCCGGACUCCGCCCCGGAAGACCGGGUUGUGCUCGGGUACACGCGUAACAAUGCAGGCGGUCUUAAGGACGCCAUUGAUUUCCUGAUCUCACGCCUCGUCGCCCAUGGCCUCGAUGCGAACACUGUCAAGGGCGCGAUCCCGCGUCCCAAGUCCGACUCAUUCGAAGAGUCCCUCCCUUUCUUCGAUUCGAAGUUGUUGCAGCAUGCUCCAGUUCCACUUGUGACUGACUCCCCAACACGACCCAGUUUUGCCGACGAGACCAGUGAACGUGGCUCGAUCUUUGAGCGCCUACGCAAGCCGGGCAGCAUUUCGUCCUUCUCAUCCUUCAUUGGACGCAAGAAUCAUUCUGCUUCGCCUGCAUCCUUUUUCAAGCAUGCUUCUAGCAAUGCUUCCAAGGCUUCGCUCGUCUCCAUGGAGUCUCGAGACAGCGGAUAUCGCAAUCCUUGGAAUGAUUCCGGCGUUAACCUGACCGAGGAUGAUAUUCCCGUCCUUGGCAGCUCACACAGUCACAAGAGUAGCAGCAGCACGAACGGCUGGCCCACUCGCUUUGACACCAAAUUUCCAUUCGGUACCGCGCCCGGAGAUGUUACACCCAAACAUGAUCCGCGUGCUUCAUUUGAAAGUGGUCGCCCUAGCACCUCGAAUUCUACUUCUGGAUACCCGGCCCCCAUUGGGCCACCGCGUUAA